AUGCCGAGGGAGAAGGAGAGGGAGGGAGGAGGGAGGGAGGAAGGGAGAAGGAGAGGGAGGGAGGGAGGGAGGGAGGGCGUUAGUGGUGUCGGCUGGGAUUCCGAACCGGCGUCGGUCCGGAUCCAGAACGGAUUUUCUGUUCGGCCGUUGGAGGUGAAAGCCGCUGCACUCCGUCAUAAGAUCAGCUUUCCUUGCAAUCUUUCGCUGAUCGACGGCGAAGAAACCGCCUUCCGCCAGCCUUCAUACUUCCGCCUUCCGCCCACAUCCCGCGAUAGAAGCGAAACCGAACGAACCCCGAAAAGCCUCUUCGCCCAGGGCGAAGAGACCCAGCUCGUCUUCGUCAUUCGCAUCUACCUCAACGAGAUUAACGCAGAGGUGAAAAUGGAGGACGCAGAGACGGGGAAGAAAGAAAGAGAGAAGGAGGAAGAGAAAGAGCCGGACGGAGGCGGAGGAAGAAGGAAGUUCGGAGUCCUCUUCCUGGUGGGAUGCAUGCUGGCCGUCGCGGCGAUCGCUGCCGUCCUCGUGGUCGUCUUUGCCUUCCGUCAGCAGCCCGAACCGGUGAAGAACUCGGUCGUCCGUCAGCAUCCGGAACGAGCCAAGGACUUGAGGGGUCUCUACCAUCAGAUUCCCGGGGCGGCCCAGGGCUCGACGGGGCCGUUUCGUCGGCGUCCCGAUCCGGCCGAGGACCGAAUAGGAGCCUCCCGUCAGAAUUCCGAUGCGGUCGCGGGCAGCACGGAAGGCGGUGGCUCCACCUGGAUUGCCAAGCCCGACGACGAGGUCAUGCUCUCUGACGUCACCUUCAGUCCGUCGCAUUUCGCAUCGUCUCUGUGGAAGGCCACCGGGCCGCCUUACAAAGUCACGAAUGGACAUCAAGGCCCGGCUAAGUGACACCUCCCAAAUGCGACCACGUCUUGAGAAGCUGCCAGCAUCCCAAACCAGAGAUUGUUAUCGUUUCCUUUCACCGAGUUUGCAGAGAUGAACUUGAAGGAAUUAGAGACAGAAAUCACCGGACUUGCAGCAUCCCGAUUGGAACUCCAUGACUCAAGUGGUAUAAAUCAAAAUAUGAAUGGUGUGAGGUUAGGCUUUGAGGUCUUCGGAAAUUCCAGCUAUUUGGUAUAUCCAUCCUUCUGCUCGAUGCAUGUUUUACUGCAUGCGACGGAAGGCACCCAGUGAGAUCGAACCGGAAGUCUUUCCUGUUCAUUUUCAACUACCCUUUAAAGUAGGAUGGAUAUGCCAUUGCUACUGUGUUGUUCCAUUACUUGUCUCCC